CCCGGUGUCGGAGUGCAGCUGAACGAGCGCCGCUGUACCCACGUGGUUAGAUGGCGGAGACUCCGCACGCGCUUUUGUUCCAAAUCAAUCAAAAACCCGGAGGAAGACGGACAGACAUGAGCGGACCUGCUAAAUCAGGAACUCCAUAGUUCACCACACAGUGUUGUAAAUAUCCGAGUCUGAUAGAGCAACGCGCCGCAAGUUUAUCUAACAUUUACAUUCCUUAACUCGAAAUAUCCACAUUUGAGGAGCGAGGGAAAAGUUUUGAAGCGAUAUUUUUUUCAGUGAUUAUGCCACGCAAGAAGGUGACUGAUGUCUCUGGAAAUGGUGGACUGAAGAGAAAGAGAGCCAGCGGCAGAAAGAAGGACCGGGAAUUCAGCAGCGACGACGAGUUUGAAGAUUAUGAGCAGGAAAACACAAAGAAACCCGGCAAGCAAGCCACCAAAUCCGGCCUGCAGCCAGUCACAGUGUCUGACGAUGUGAAAGAGGAGAUUAAACUUGAGGUGCCCAAGGUCAAUGGUCAGCUGCUCGUUUUUGGGGCUACCAACUGGGACCUGAUUGGCCGAAAAGAAGUGCCAAAGCAGCAAGCUGCAUACAGGAACCUGGGCCAGAAUCUGUGGGGUCCUCAUCGCUAUGGCUGUCUGAAUGAUGUGAUGGUGAGCAGCGUGGUGUCGGGGCCCUGUGCUGCCCACAGCCUGCUCAUCACCACUGAAGGCAAACUUUGGAGCUGGGGUCGCAAUGAUAAGGGCCAGCUGGGCCACGGAGAUACCAAACGUUUGGAUGCUCCAAAGCUGGUGGAGGGUUUGGGGGAGGAGGUGGUAGUGGCCGCUGCUUGUGGUCGGAACCACACCCUCGCUUUAACAGAAAAUGGUACUGUCUACUCAUUUGGAGAGAACAAACUUGGGCAGCUUGGUCAGGGUAAUCAGACAGAUGCAGUCCUGAGCCCAGCUUCAAUCUUGUACAAUGGACAGCCUAUAGUUAAAGUGGCAUGUGGUGCUGAGUUCAGUAUGAUAGUGGACUGUAAGGGCAAUAUUUAUUCUUUCGGGUGUCCAGAGUAUGGCCAACUAGGGCAUAACUCGGAUGGGAAGUUCAUAGCUCGAGCCCAGCGUAUUGAGUUUGAUUGUGAGCUUAUCCCUCGACGAGUGGCCAUUUUCAUCGAGAAGACUAAGGAUGGCCAGGUGAUGCCUGUAACCAACGUUGUGGUGCGGGAUGUUGUGUGUGGUGCCAAUCACACUCUGGUACUGGACUCGCAGAAGCGCGUUUUCUCCUGGGGUUUUGGAGGCUAUGGACGUUUGGGCCACACUGAACAGAAGGAUGAGAUGGUCCCUCGUUUGGUCAAACUCUUUGACUUCCCUGGCCGUGGAGCCACCCAGAUACACUGCGGAUACCAGUGUUCCUUUGCUGUCAGUGAAAUGGGUGGUCUGUUUUUCUGGGGUGUGACAAAUACAUCUCGUGAGUCCACCAUGUACCCAAAAGCUGUGCAGGACCUAUGUGGCUGGAAAAUCCGCAGUCUGGCUUGCGGGAAGAGCAGUAUUAUCAUUGCUGCUGAUGAGAGCACCAUAAGCUGGGGACCAUCGCCUACCUUUGGAGAAUUGGGAUAUGGAGAUAACAAGCCCAAAUCAUCCACCACAGCUCAAGAGGUCAAAACUCUGGAUGGAGUGUAUUCAGAACAGGUGGCGAUGGGCUACUCGCACUCGCUGGUUAUCGCCCGUCAGGAAACGGAUCAGGAGAAGGAGAAACUCAAGAAGCUGCCAGAGUACAAUCCACGCACACUGUGAUUCAACCAGGUCCUUUUCGUCGUCGUCAUAUUCCGCAGAGGUUUCUGAUUUUCCACAGACUCGCUCUGCUCACUAGGUCACCGAUGUAGUCACAGUUUUGGUUGGGAUGCAAUUCUUUUUCUUUUUUCUUUUUAAGACUUCAGAUUACAAGUUGCAAGAUGUGUAUUAAUAUCAAUUUGAACCUUGGGGCUUGUAAUAAGUAAUUCUUCUGAGCUGGAAGUCCUUCACAAUGGCUUCAUGCACCUGUUUUAAUACUUAGUGUCUGGAGCUGAGAGGGAACAGUCAUAUGGCUCUCUCCAAGCACUUAAAACUCCAUUUGGAUUUCUUCUACUCCUUAUACAUUCUUAAAGGAAGUUCAAAAUGUUCUUCUUGUAUUUUCUUUUUACAUUAAGUUGGCUGGGAAGAACUGUUGUGUGUCUGCUCUCUCCAAAUAAUUGGUGCUAAAUCAUUUUGAGGCAGACCCUUUCAGCUGAUGAUACAUUAGCUGGCAUCACUGAAAAGACCAACACUCCAUGCUUGUGCCUUUUUAAGUGAUCGAAUUCAGGCUGUGGAUGCUUUGUUGUCCCAAAGAUCUUCCUUCACUAUGUAAUCUGGGACCAUUGCAGUGUUUUGUUUGCAGACACUUAAGGUAAUGUUUCAUGUAUUAUGCCUUUUUUUUUUUUUUUUUUUUUUUUCUUAUGUAUUCACUUGUGCUUAAUUGUUAUUUCCAUGUUUGUCAUUCUAGUGAAUUACCUGUAUUUAAGUUUUCUGACUACAAGAUGUCGAUGUAACACUCUACAGGAGAAAUUUGUGUAACGCCCAAAAAACAUUUUUGUUCAGAAAAUGUAUGUCCAUUAGGCUGCCCAAAUGUUUUCAUAAUUUUAAAUAAAGGUUCAUGUUUAUGUUGGUAA